UGCGAGAGAAACACACAAUAUGGCGGCUUCCUUGGUCCGCUUCCUGAGAGGGUUAUAUGUUUUAUUUUUAAUAUGUCUGCUUUCUGCUUCGGCUUUUCUCAACCUGGAGGAGUUAAAUGAGAUGAAAUAUGGGAUUCAGAUUCUUCCGGAUCCGGUGAUCAGAGGGCAGACGGAAGACGUGAUGUUGGUGGCGAAUAAGUACAAGCAGCUGUACGAGUGUCGGCUCCCCGAGCAGGCGGUGAAGUUCCACCAAGACCUGGCUCCCGACUCGGACCCUCAAGGUUACAGCGGACCCGCCGUCCCCGAGCUCCUGAAGCCCAUGCACACGGCUCCAUGCCUCAGCAAGACUAAAGACUGGUGGACGUACGAGUUCUGCUAUGGACAGCACAUCCGACAGUACCACCUAGAAGAUUCUGAGAUUAAAGGCGAUGUGCUGUUUCUGGGCUAUUUUGAGUCUGAAUUUGACUGGACCAAUGAAACUGCGAAGGCCAGUAAACAGCACAAGCUGAAGCGGUAUCACAGUCAGACGUACGUCAACGGCUCCAAGUGCGACCUGAACGGAAACCCACGAGAGUCUGAAGUCAGGUUUGUGUGUGAGGAGGGUUCAAGUGAUUAUAUCGCCCGUGUGGACGAACCCCAGUCAUGUCACUACGUCCUGACAGUUCACACGUCUCGCACGUGUCAGCACCCGCUCCUGCGCCCCCCCUCGUCCGCCAAGCCGCAGGGCAUCGUGUGCCAGCCUGCACUCAGCGCCCAGCAGUACAUGGACUACGUCAAAGCGCAAGUCUCCGACACGAAGAGGAAGGUGGAGCAGAUCUCAGAGGAGCUCAGGACGCUAGAUCAGAUUCUGUCCAAAGAUGAAAGCAGGGAGGAAAAAGGAAGUGAUGUAACGGAUAAGGAAUCUGUUCCACCCACCGACACACCUGCGGUAGAGUCCGAGGUCAAAGAUGCUGUAGAUGAGGAGGGGGAGGAGUCAAUGAUUGAGGAGGGGGAGGAGUCGGUAAGCAAAGAGGUGGAGGAUAAAGAGUUUUGGGACGGAGUCACCAAGCCACAGGAGACUGGAACACAAACACCUGAGCUACAGGAGUCUGACGGAAUGCCAGAGGCGGAGCCUGACCAUAAUGACAUAUUCGGAGAAGGGAAGUUUAACUUUAAGAUUGUGACGGAUCCUGUAGACCUGAUGAAGUUCAUGCAGCACCUCAGGGACACCAACAGGAAGAAUAAAAAAUCUCAGGGGAGGAACGGGCGAGGCCAGUCUACCUCAGAGAAGGAGGAAGAGGAGGAGGAGGAGCGGGGGAAAAAGAAUAAACAACAACACGAGGAGGAGGAGGGUGAUGAAGACGAACGACUCCUGAAGGAGUUUGAGGAGGAGAUGGCCGACCUGUCGGUUCCUGCGUCCAAAAUCGUCCAGAUUAAAAAGGAGAUGCAGAAAGAGUUCGAUAAUAUCAUAGAAGAGGCGCAGCAGGAGCUGGAGAACGAGGGUCUGAAGGGAGAGUUCGAUCGCUCUCAGGCCACUCAGACGUUAGAGAACACGCUGGGGAAACUGCUGGAUCAUCUGGAGGAUAAAAACCAGCAGGAUGCCGAAUCAGACACAGACACACACACAGACACGGGGACACACGCGCACAAACACACACACGCUAAAGCCGACAGGGGGGACUCCAGCCCCGUCCCCAAGACUCCAGAGCAUGAGGGUGACAGUGGCGAGCAGGUAAAGAUCAGGGUGACUAAGUAUAAGGUGGGUGGAGCCGAUGCGGCCGGUGGAGGUGAGGGGGGUGUGAGGGUGCGCGAGCUGGGCGAGAGCGACCCCCAGUGGCAGCACAUUCACCACCUGGUCAAAGAGCAGCUCGAGAAAGCCGGCAUCAAGGCCGAAGGAAAGAUCGAGGUAAAGAUUUUGACCCGUAAGUCAGCGGAGGAGGCAGGAGACCAGUGGCUGAGUGAGGAGGACACCAAAUCUUUUAGAGAACUUCUCAUCAAUCUGCUGACGGGAGGAACAGAGGAAGUAUAUAAAGAGCAGAAGCGACAGCAGGAGCUGGAGAACAACUACAGGUUUGUUUGGGGAGAGAAACAGGACGAGAGUCAGCCUGCUGGAACCGGAGAGUCCGACGAGCUCGAUUUCUGAUUUACAGGACUGUGUGUGAGAGUGUGUGAGAGUGUGUGAGAGUGUGUGAGAGUGUGUGAGAGUGUGUGAGAGUGUGUGAGAGUGUGUGAGAGUGUGUGAGAGUGUGUGAGAGUGUGUGAGAGUGUGUCGGGUAUCGACACAAACUUGGACUGAGGAGCAGCCGUACAACCAUCAUACAGACUGCAGUGGGAAUAUUCCUCUUUCUCUCUCUCGCUCUGUCAUUUCUGCUUUACCUCCCAGGAACUACCAUCCACAGACCCCAGAGUCUAGUUACAUCAUCAUAAAAAAGUUUUGCACUUUAAAUUGUUAAUGAUAGUAAUUAAAAAAGCAAAAACAAAAAUCGCAAAGCGUUUGUAAUGCUCACCCUGGAGAUGUUCAUCAGAAUAAAAAAAAGUAAAAUCGGACAUUGUGCUGUUUGGGAACGUGAUGUUCUGCAGGUUCGAGGUGUUUCUAAUUUAACACGAGGUCGAGGUCCAUUGAAGAGAUCGACGAUUCUGUGAUGCAUCGCGGUUCUUCUAUGAGGUUAUUCAUGUUUUUGCUUUUCAUGUUUUUUCUUGGUUUUUUUUUUGCAUUUGAGCUGUUGCAGUUUCUCUAUAAUCCAUCUUUAUUGAUUGCAUCCUGUGUGGUUAGGGUUAAUUUGCCAAUUUUUUUUAGAAUUGGAAGAAAAUCCUAAAAAAUAUAUAUAUAUAUAUAUCAACUUGGGACGUUCAUAAAAUCUUUCUAUGAUAUUGUAUCGAAUGAUCCCUGGUGAUUCACAUCCUGACUACUUAGGUUUUAUUCUCUUCAGAAUUAUUAUUUUCAGUGA